UUUGGUUUUGUGAUGUUCAUGCAGAGAGAGAGAUCUUAUGGAGCCGUUGGAUAAAGCUCAGCCCAAAUCCUCCCCUCUCGCGCCAUUUCCUAGGGAUUCUCGGGGCUCGCUCGAGGUUUUCAAUCCCUCCUCCACGUACUCCUCCCGCUCCAUCAAUUCGAUUCCGCGGCCGAAUCCUGCGUGGCCCAAUUGGGUGGAGCCUGCGCGUACCAGCUCCGAAUCGGACUCGUCCCGCCUCGCAGCCAAACCGGCCGCCGGAAAAACCGCCGAUGAGAUUACAUCAUGGAUGGCCUUCAAGGACGCCAACCCUUCCCAGCCGUCGUCGCCGCUCGCUCAGAAGACUAUCUCCGCGAUUCUCAGCGAAAAAUCUCCGGCCGUGAGGGCGCAAUCGCCGGACGAAGUCGGUUCCGCCGCCCAACGCGCCGCCGAGUGGGGACUGGUGCUGAAAACCGACACGGAGACUGGGAAGCCUCAGGGCGUCGGAGUUCGAACUUCCGGAGGCGAUGAACCUAACGCCAAACAGGAGAAUUCGAGAAGAACUUCGAAUAACUCGGUGCGGAGUUCGGGCGACAUGUCGGACGACGGGGCGCGAGAGCGGGGGAUUCCGAGAGUGUCCGAGGACUUGAAGGACGCUCUGUCGACAUUUCAGCAAACAUUUGUGGUUUCGGAUGCAACGAAACCGGAUUAUCCGAUUAUGUAUGCUAGUGCCGGAUUCUUCAAGAUGACGGGCUAUACAUCCAAGGAGGUUAUUGGAAGAAAUUGUCGGUUUUUACAGGGUGCAGAUACAGACCCAGAAGACGUGGCCAAGAUCCGAGAGGCUUUACAGGCGGGGACGAGUUACUGUGGGAGGUUGUUGAAUUAUAAGAAAGAUGGGACCCCGUAUUGGAACCUACUUACUAUUUCACCUAUCAAAGAUGAUGACGGGAAAGUUCUCAAGUUUAUUGGAAUGCAAGUGGAGGUGAGCAAACACACAGAGGGCUUCAAAGAUAAGAUGGUCCGUCCCAAUGGCUUGCCAGAAUCCUUGAUUCGUUAUGAUGCCCGGCAAAAAGAGAUGGCUACCAGUUCAGUAACGGAACUCGUGCAGGCGGUGAAAAGGCCUCGGUCUCUAAGCGAAUCCAGGCCUCGAGCUCUAAGUGAAUCUAUGAGCCGCCGGUUAGUUAGAAAAUCCGGCGGCGACGACCUUAGAGUUGAAGCUGCUGCCAUGGUUAGGCGAAAGUCAGAGAGCGCCGCAGCUCCGACUGGACGAAACUCACAUGGGAGAAGUAGAAGGUCGAUGCAGCGUAUAAGUGAGCUGCCGGAGAAGAAACCCAAGAAAUUCGGCCGUCGUUCAUUUAUGGGGAUUAAGAGGAAAAGUCGGUCAAAUGUUGAAAGCUUUGACAUUGACAUUGAAGAUGGCUCAGACGACGAUGAUGAGACAGAUGACGAUGAGAGGCCAGAUAGCGUUGAUGACAAAGUAAGGCAGAGAGAAAUGAGGAAGGGUAUUGAUUUAGCUACUACCCUCGAACGUAUAGAGAAAAACUUUGUCAUUACUGAUCCCCGAUUGCCUGACAAUCCCAUUAUAUUUGCUUCUGAUAGCUUCCUGGAACUAACCGAGUAUAGUAGAGAAGAAAUCUUGGGAAGAAAUUGCAGGUUUCUGCAAGGACCUGAAACCGAUCGAGCCACCGUAAGGAAAAUAAGAGAUGCAAUCGACAACCAAACGGAAGUUACAGUGCAACUUAUUAACUACACGAAAACUGGUAAGAAGUUUUGGAACCUGUUUCAUCUACAGCCUAUGCGUGAUCAGAAGGGAGAAGUCCAGUAUUUUAUUGGAGUACAACUCGAUGGCAGUCAGCAUGUGGAACCGCUAAGCAAUUGCAUACCGCAAGAUACUGCAGAAGAGGGUGUAAAAUUGAUAAAAGAAACUGCAGAAAAUGUUGAUUUGGCGGCUAGAGAACUUCCCGACGCCAAUUUGACACCAGAAGAUUUAUGGGCAAAUCAUUCCAAGGUGGUCCAACCAAAGCCUCACAGAAAGGAUAGUCCUUCUUGGAAGGCUAUCCAGAAGAUUUUGGACAGCGGAGAACCAAUAGGACUGAAACAUUUCAGGCCAGUUAAACCUUUGGGAUCAGGUGAUACUGGCAGCGUGCAUUUGGUUGAACUGUGCGGGACAGAUCAGUAUUUUGCAAUGAAGGCAAUGGAUAAGGGUGUUAUGCUUAACCGCAACAAGGUGCAUAGAGCUUGCGCAGAGAGAGAAAUACUUGACAUGUUGGAUCAUCCUUUUCUUCCUGCAUUAUAUGCUUCAUUUCAGACAAAAACACAUGUUUGUCUUAUAACUGAUUACUGCCCUGGUGGGGAACUCUUUCUGCUUUUGGACAGACAACCUACAAAGGUCAUAAAAGAAGAUGCUGUAAGGUUUUAUGCUGCUGAAGUUGUCGUGGCAUUAGAGUAUCUUCAUUGUCAAGGGAUAAUUUACCGGGAUUUGAAGCCCGAAAAUGUUCUACUACAGAGCAAUGGACAUGUUGCCUUGACAGAUUUUGACUUGUCAUGUUUGACUUCUUGCAAACCUCAGCUUUUGCUUCCAACCACAAAUGAGAAGAAAAAGCAAUCAAAAUCUCAACAGGCUCCAAUCUUUAUGGCUGAACCCAUGCGAGCAUCCAACUCAUUCGUUGGUACUGAAGAGUACAUAGCACCGGAACAAGGGAUGAUACACAUUGAUCUGUUCUCCUUUGCAUGUUUUGUGUUACUGGUAGAUCGAGUUGUCGUUGUCUUUGUCGACGUCCAGUGGUUGCAAAUUUUUUUGCAGGAAAUCAUAACUGGGGCAGGCCAUACUAGUGCUGUGGACUGGUGGGCUUUGGGCAUCCUUAUCUAUGAGAUGCUCUAUGGAUACACUCCCUUUAGGGGGAAGACAAGGCAAAAAACUUUCGCCAACAUUCUUCAUAAGGAUCUUAAAUUCCCAAAGAGUAUAUCGGCUAGUCUUAGUACGAAGCAGUUAAUUUUCAGGUUGUUGCAUAGAGACCCCAAAAACCGAUUGGGUUCUCAAGAAGGAGCAAACGAAAUCAAACAACAUCCUUUCUUCCGAGGAGUCAAUUGGGCGCUCGUUCGUUGCAUGAGUCCGCCCGAGCUUGCAGCUCCUCUUUUCGAGACAACAGAUGCUGAAAAAGAUGCUAUUAAAAGUAAAACUUCAGAUUUUGAUCUAAAAGAUCUUGAACUCAGUGUUUUCUGAGAAGUUUCCUCCUUAAUUAUGGCUUGCGUUCUUCCAAAGGAAUGGCUCUCUUCAAAUAAUUAUUUUAUGGUCUGAUUUGUUCUGAUCAAUUUCACCUUCCUAGUUCUGCAGCAUUUUGGAGCGUUUGGUCGCUUUAGCUUGUGAAUUUUUUUUAGGCUUCAAAAGCGGCUUUCUUUUUCUUCAGUGUUUUAUUUAAUCUUUCCCAAUAAUGUAAUAAGAAUGUGUUGUAAUGUAAUGGUGGUUGGUGAAAUAAUCUCUUGGUCUGCUUCAUUUGUAAUAAUUUGUAAUUGUUUUGUUCAGUCUUGAGCUUUCAUUUUUGUGUA